CCUACGGCGACGAAGAUCCAGCAAUUCUCUUGCACAUUCCCCUCGUGACUUGCUGUGCAUUGGGCCGAGCAAAGAGGUGUGUCGGGGGCGCGUUCUGUUUAAUUUAUUUACUUUUCAAGGAUAAUCAUUAUUCUGUAUUUGCUGUAUCAUAUUUUAUCAUUUGAGUAUUACUGUAUUAGGCACUUGGCAGCUUGGUAAUUGUUCGAAUCGUUAUUGCAAGGCAAUUCGUUUUACUUUAUAAAACUACGAUGAAGCAUGCUUUUGGAUCUCUGGUUAUUGUUUUGGCAACAAUAAUCUUUGUUAAUGCAAAUCAAAGGAUUCUUCGCAUGGAUAAAUUUGCAGCUAAGAAGCCUCAUCAGCAGACAGAAGUCACCUUUGCAUUUGCAUCAUAUUAUCAAAAUAACAUGGUUUUGCAAAUGGAGCCACAUAGUGCUGUUAUAUGGGGAUAUGGAACUCCAGGAGCCACUGUCAAUAUUUCUGUAAACGUUCAAGAUGUAUACAGCACUAAAGUAAAAGUUCACUCUGGGUUUCCUGACAGAGGUAUAUGGAUGGUGAAAAUCAAGCCACAGCCUGCUGGUUCAACUUCUGAUAUUCAAGGAGUUCAUGAUCAUUUUGGAAGGUUACAAUGGAUUUUGUUGAAAAAUCUAUUAUUUGGCGAGGUGUAUGUCUGCAGCGGACAAAGUAAUAUGGUCUUUACAAUGAGUAUGGUGUACAAUUCCUCAGAAGAAUUGAAAGAAACCGUCAAUUAUAAGGAUAUUAGAUUAUUUACAGUUAAUCAAAACUUCUCUGAUGAUCCUUUGUAUGAUAUAUCUGUCAUUGAAGAAUCGUGGUCCAUUCCUUCACCAGAAACUGUUGGAGGGAAAGACUGGAGCUAUUUUUCUGCUGUUUGUUGGUUGUUCGGGAAAUAUUUAUAUGAUGAGUUGAAGAUACCAAUAGGUUUAGUUGCAAGUACAUGGGGUGGAACACCAGUCGAACCUUGGGCUCCUCCUGAAGUUUUUGAUGUUUGUAAUGAAACAAGCAAUGAUGAAAUUCCAUCAGCUUAUGAUAAUGAUGGGUUUACUGGAUACUGGGAUAAUAGUAAAAUAUGGAAUGCACAAAUACAUCCUCUGAUUAAUAUGACAAUCAAGGGAGUUCUGUGGUACCAAGGAGAAUCAAAUGAGGCAUAUCAUACCAACUCCUAUCAGUGUGUUUUCCCUCAAAUGAUUAAGAGUUGGAGAAAAAACUGGUAUGAAGGCACAAUGAUGUCAACGGAUCCAGAUUUCCCCUUCGGAUUUGUACAAAUAGGAGAUAAAACUUCAACAUCAGGAAGUUUUGAGUUGAUACGCUGGCAUCAAACAGCGGAUUAUGGAUAUGUCCCCAAUCCUGAAAUGGAGAAUACGUUCAUGGCUGUUGCCAUCGAUUUGCCUGAUAAUGAUUCUCCAUAUGCGAGUGUUCAUACACGUGAUAAGCAGGAUGUUGCACACCGUCUAGUAGCUGGUGCUCUUGCUGUUGCAUAUCAUAGAACCAUGGUUUUCGAUGGACCGUUUCCUCAAAAACUAACUGAAAACACAAAACAUGAAAUAUUGAUUGAAUAUUCCAACUAUCAACAAUUAUCUGUUGUUGACAACAACAACUUUCAGAUUUGUUGUGCAGAUGAAAAAUGUCAAGUCACAGAUCCUUCAGACAGUCCACUUUGGUUUACAACUCCAAUUCUUGGUUCCACUGACCAUACGAUCACCAUAAGCAGCAAAAAAUGUAGCGAUGAUUUCAAGUAUGCUGAGAAAGUGAGAUAUGCAUGGGAGCUAACCCCUUGUGAAUUUAAGAAUUGCUCCGUCUAUAAUACACUCGGAUUUCCAGCUCCGCCAUUUUUUUUAGAUGUAACCUCUAAAUAAUGGGUUUUCAACAUGUUUCUGACGAUUUUUUAAAAAUAAUUUUUCAUUUUUGAAAGACUUCAUCCUGAAUUCUUAAGAAUUGCUCCGUCUAUAAUACACUCGGAUUUCCAGCUCCGCCAUUUUUCUUAGAUGUAACCUCUAAAUAAUGGGUUUUCAACAUAUUUCUGACAAUUUUUUAAAAAUAAUUUUUCAUUUUUGAAAGACUACAUCCUGAAAUCUGUCUUCUUAAUUUUCUUCAAUUAUGAUUCGAAUGAAAUCUCAACCCUAGGGUAAAAUAGUCAAGUGCAGUGGUUCCUCAAACUUUUUUUAUGUAGCUCAAAAACUCUCUGGCACAUUAACUUAUUCAUACAAGGAAAAAAAUGCAAAAGCAAAAAAAUCUUUUUGCAAUAAUAGACACUUUCACUUUUAUAAUUAGGAUUAAAAUUGCCACUCGGUAGCAGAAAACAGGAUCAUCUUUCAUCGCUAUUACAAUCAAAAUUUACCUAUAGCGACCCAAAUGAAACUAAAUUUAUCAAUAACUUUUUGCAAUUUACAAUGGAUUUGUGGCCCUGCAGUGAGGAAUGGCCCAUUGGUUGUGAACCGAUGGAUUCUAGUGUAUCAUAUUUCAUAAUGAAACACAAAUCCAACAUAUGAUUAUAUUGGCAUUUCCACUAUCUGGUCCUUCUGAACUUACUCGCUAUUGAAUACCAGAUACUUCUUCUUUGGAAGGCAAAUUUGGGGCUAAAUUGUGCAAUGCCUCGUAUAACAAAUUUUUAACACAAGUGAGUAUAGGUUUUCAAGUAAGUGUGAAACCAAAAUUUAGUGCUCAUUAGUUAUAUAACUAUUUUGUUUUUGAUAUUCUCCAGCAUAUAUUGUUCAAGGAUUUAGAAUCGACCACAUCACUGUUUCAUUCUGUAUUAUCAUGCUUGUUUUAUCACUUAAAUUUUCAGACUGCAGUAUAUUAUGCCAGUUACUUGUAGCAAAUUUAACUAUGCAUAUUUAGGGAAAUCAAGACCUGGUAAUGUCAUCACCUUUACAUCUUAGUCGUAUCAUAAAAAAAAUCAAUAGUAUAAGUAUAUAAUAUCUUAAUAUUAUGCCAAAUUAGUUAUGCAAGAAUUGAAUUAUAAUUGAUUUCAUUAAA